AUGCAUGAUUAUUCAUUGUUCUACAAGAAGAAUGGGACAUCCUUGGUUUAUGUAGCGGUAUAUGUUGAUGAUGUGAUACUCACAGGAAUAGAUCUUGAAGAAAUAAAGCUUUUGAAGAAGUUUUUACAUGAUAGCUUUAAGAUCAAAGAUCUAGGGAGGCUUCAGUAUUUCCUUGGCCUUGAAAUUCUUUAUAAGGAUGAUGGGGCCAUCAUUUCCCAAAGAAAAUUUGUCAUUGACCUUUUGAAAGAGUAUAAUUGUCUCAGCCGUAGUUCCUUAUCAUCACCCCUUGAUCCAAAUGUGAAGUUAAAAGCAAAGGAAGGUGCUCCCUUGUCAGAUCCCAGCUGUUAUAGAAAGUUGGUUGGAAAAUUGAAUUUUCUGACUAAUACAAGAUUAGACAUUGCUUUUAGUGUUCAACAUCUAAGCCAGUUCAUGCAAGAUCCAAGGGAACCACACUUGAAGGCAGCAUAUCACCUGUUGAGGUACUUGAAAGCUGACCCUAGCCUAGGAGUCUUCUUCUCCAAGAAUGUUGAUUAUACAGUGAGAGCAUACUGUGAUUCUGAUUGGGGUGAUGGUUGA